CUGUGAGCUCCACUCACACACCGGCACCGGGCCGCUCGUCACCGUCACCGUUAAAACGUUAAAGGAAUGGAUUCCAGCUCGAGAGCAGCCACCGGGAGCGCGAGAUCAAAAGGCGCGUGAGACCGGCCCAUUCCCACAUUCCUGAGCGGCGCGUGCAGCUGAUCGGUCGCUCGUGAGACAGACACGAGACCAACCAAAGCAGACCAAAGCAGGCCAGCAUUUUUACCCCGUUUAAGCUGCGAGAUGGUCACGUCCGCUCCGGGGAUCCUUCUGCUGCUGGUGUGUCUACGGCACUGCGUUAACGUGCACGGUACUAAGACAGAAUGUGAGGCCAGCCAGUUUCAGUGUGGAAACGGUCGCUGCAUCCCUUCCGUCUGGCAGUGUGACGGAGACGAGGACUGCACCGAUGGCAGUGACGAGAACUCCUGUGUCAGAAAGACUUGUGUGGAGGUGGACUUUGUGUGUCGCAACGGCCAAUGUGUCCCCAAACGAUGGCACUGCGAUGGGGAGCCAGACUGCGAGGACGGGUCCGACGAGAGCGUAGAAAUCUGCCACAUGAGGACGUGUCGUGUGAACGAGUUUAGCUGCGGAGCGGGCUCCACUCAGUGUAUCCCCAACUUCUGGAAAUGUGACGGAGAGAAGGACUGUGACAACGGAGAGGACGAGGUCAACUGUGGCAACAUCACCUGUGCUCCCAAUGAGUUCACGUGCGCCAGCAGCCGCUGCAUCUCCCGUAACUUUGUGUGUAACGGCGAGGACGACUGUGGCGACGGCUCUGAUGAGGUGGAGUGUGCGCCCUCCUCCUGUGGUCCCAGUGAGUUCCAGUGUGGAAACUCAUCGUGCAUCCCGGCCAGCUGGGUGUGUGAUGACGACGUUGACUGCCAGGACCAGUCAGAUGAGUCUCCGUCUCGUUGCGGCCGUCACCCGACGCCGCCAGCCAAGUGUUCGUCCAGUGAGAUGCAGUGCCGCUCAGGAGAGUGUAUUCACAAGAAGUGGAGGUGUGAUGGAGACCCUGACUGCAAGGACAGCAGCGACGAAGCCAACUGUCCUGUUCGCACUUGUGGACCGGAUCAGUUUAAAUGUGAUGAUGGAAACUGUAUCCUGGGCAGCAGACAGUGUAACGGCCUCAGAGACUGCUCCGAUGGCUCAGACGAAGCCAACUGCAAAAACAUGACCCAGUGUAACGGACCAGAGAAGUUCAAAUGCCGCAGCGGGGAGUGUAUCGAGAUGAGUAAAGUGUGCAACAAGGCCCGAGACUGUCCUGACUGGAGCGACGAACCCAUCAAGGAAUGCAAUCUAAACGAGUGUCUCAUGAACAACGGCGGCUGCUCUCACAUCUGCAAAGACAUGGUGAUUGGCUUUGAGUGUGACUGCACACCUGGACUUCAGCUCAUAGACCACAAGACCUGUGGAGACAUCAAUGAGUGUCUGAACCCUGGGAUCUGCAGUCAGAUCUGCAUCAACCUGAAGGGCGGAUACAAGUGCGAAUGCCACAACGGCUACCAGAUGGAUCCGACCACCGGAGUCUGCAAGGCUGUCGGUAAGGAGCCCUGCCUGAUCUUCACUAACCGCCGUGACAUCCGUCGUCUGGGUCUGGAGAGGAAGGAGUACACUCAGAUUGUUGAGCAGCAGAGGAACACAGUGGCUCUGGAUGCAGACUUUGGACAGCAGAUGAUCUUCUGGGCUGACCUGGGCCAGAGGGCCAUGUAUAGCACUGUGCUGGACAAACGUGGGGACGUGGGCACCCACAACAAAGUGAUCGACAAUGUCCAGACUCCCGUGGGAAUUGCCGUGGACUGGAUCUAUAAAAACUUGUACUGGUCUGAUCUCGGCACCAAAACCAUUUCGGUAGCCAACUUCAACGGAACCAAACAGAAAGUUCUGUUCAACAGAGGCCUCAAAGAACCGGCAUCUAUCGCUGUGGAUCCGCUGUCUGGGUUUCUGUACUGGUCUGACUGGGGAGAGCCAGCCAAGAUUGAAAAAUCUGGUAUGAACGGAGUGGACAGACAGGUUCUGGUAGCGACAGACAUCCAGUGGCCUAAUGGAAUCACCUUGGAUCUGAUCAAAGGCAGGUUGUACUGGGUGGACUCCAAGCUGCACAUGCUCUGUAGCGUCGACCUGAACGGAGACAACAGGAAGAAAGUCCUCCAAUCUCCAGACUACCUGGCUCAUCCCUUUGCUCUCACUGUGUUUGAGGAUCGAGUCUUCUGGACAGAUGGUGAAAAUAAAGCCAUCUACGGCGCAAACAAGUUCACAGGCUCUGACGUGGUGACGCUGGCCAGCAACCUGAAUGAUCCCCAGGACAUCAUAGUGUACCACGAGCUGAUCCAGCUGUCUGGCACUAACUGGUGUGCAGAGAAGGGAGAAAACGGCGGCUGUAGCUACAUGUGUCUACCUGCACCGCAAAUCAACAAACAUUCCCCCAGAUACACCUGUGUGUGUCCAGAGGGACAGGAGCUGGCUGCUGACGGCCAACGCUGCAGACCUGACCAUUCUACCAAAGGUCCCUCAAAGGAUGAUGGGAAAGCUCUGAUACAGCCACCCAAAGAGGCAAACGUGAGCACGUCGAUCCAGGUGAACUCCACAGCCAGAGGGUCUGCUGCUGCCUGGGCCAUACUGCCCGUCUUGCUCAUAGCGAUGGCGGCGGCGGGCGGAUACCUGAUGUGGAGAAACUGGCAGCUGAAGAACCAGAAGAGCAUGAACUUUGACAACCCCGUCUACCUGAAGACCACGGAAGAAGACCUCAACAUCGACAUCACCCGGCACGGCGCCAACGUGGGUCACACCUACCCCGCGAUUUCAAUAGUGAGCACAGAAGACGAUUUAUCAUGAUCGUCUUAAGGUUUUUUUGUUGUUGUUUUUUACCGCAACCUGCAGCGUUGCAUGGCACCACCUGGUUCCCAUGCCGACGGUUGUCGGUACCUGCAGCAGCAGCAGCCCUUACAGUCCGACCACAUGCCUUCUGAAGUGCAUUAUGUCAUUAUCUGUGGAGAGGAUGACUUGAGGAAAUGUUAUUUAUUAUGUGAAUACUACAAUGAAUUACAUGUCCAAUGAAUAAGAUUUACCAUUACUGAUGGAUUUUUUUUCUCUUUUGUUUUGGUCCUUAUUAUUUUGGUAACACAACUUCCUGUCUUUUUUUUUUUUUUUUUUUUUUUUUUUUUUUUUUUUAUUGGCCCGUCCUCUCAAAGGUGUCAGACACCAAUUUUUCACUAUAGUUGAGAGAAAUGCGAGUUUUUUUUCACACUUUGAUCGCCUCUUUCUGGGCUUUGUGAUAAAAACUAAAGUGGAAAACUGACAAGAAGACACAGUAUGUUUCCCUGCAAACGACUGCUGGACAGUAUCCGACUGGACUCGUUAAAGAUGGAGAGACUACUUUUUGACCUUAUUCGGAGUGUACAGGGGUCAAGGGUCAUUAAGAGGGGAGGUGUUCAUGGGGGAACUUAAUCCAACAUUUCUGUCUUGCUUCCUCUGAUCAAACAGGCUCAGAUGUAUGAAUAUUUAUGUACGGUCAUGUUUUGGCAGUAAUAUCAUAGAUGUAAGUUUUGUUUUAUUUGCUUUUUUUUUAUUUUACUAUGUUUUCUUUCCAACAGUACCUCAUGGAGUGCAUUCUUACAAGCUUUUCAGCCAGUGUUCAUAAUUGUUAUUCUUAUUAUUAUAGAAGCUGCGUAAGGAUCGCCAUGGUUACAGCAUUUGUAAACAUUGUAUAUAUUUACCUAUCAUCCCUCAAAGACAUGACCGUCAAUCAGGACUCUCUUCAAUGCACUUUGCUCAAAUGUUCCUUGUGUAAAUAAGAUUGUAUACAUUUGACUUGAAAUCAAUUUUUUGCUAUGGUUGGGCAUCGUACCGGGGUUACACUUCAGAUGUAUUUAACAAGGAAGAAAAAGCGGGAAAACAAACAAAACAACACAACUGAAUUUGGUAAAAAAAAAACUAUUUUGUAUGUUUGUGUGCUGUUGCUGUGAACUUUUUCUAGCCUUGUACAGUGAGGGGGAAUACUAUUACAAUUUCAAAGCUCUUUAUCUGUGAAGAAACUGAUUUGAAAAUCACUUGAAUUAAAACUUAAUC